UAAGGAAUCCGAUCCUGAAUCAGCGGGCCAAUGGGCCUGAUUUCCCCCUCUUUUACAUGGCUGGCUUACGACGGUCCCUGGAGCCAUUGGGGAGCUCCUAACGCUGAACUCCGGCCCAGCCCCGACGUUUCUUUGCUGGGCAAUUGGUUUGGGCGAAGAGUGAGACCCAAUGGUGGUCGUAGUAUAUGUUGUACAGGCGCGCCCAUUGUCUUAUUUCGAUUGCUGAAGCUUAUCCAUGGUUUUCCAAAAGUCAACUGAGAUUCCGUGAUGACAUUGACAACAUCUCACGAUUGUGAUUACUGAGCCAUCUAGGACCCGACAGCUACGAUCCCCCGCUGAAUACCACUUAUACUUGCUGGACCCUGGAUCUCGUCGAUUCUCAUCUUGUCCAAGACCCCGCGGAUGGCCAACUGGACGGCGCGUCAUUGCCUCAGUAACGAAAAUCACAUUCGCAAUCCCAGGUGAGAAUACUACCGCCGCCAUGGAUGUGUCGAAAAACGAGUUGCAUCUCCUCGGCCUGCCCCUUGAGAUCCGCCUCCAGAUAUACGGUUGGGUCCACGUCGCACACCCAGUAGAGCAUGCGCAGCUCGCGCCGUGGUAUCCGAAUCCAAUACAUAGGAAAAUCGUGAAAGCCAUCGGCCAGCCUGCAGGAGAAGAGAACGAUUCCAACAAAGACCAAAGGUCUGAAGAGCCAUCGCUGCUAUCACCGAACCGUCCAAUCUCUGGUAUCCCCUCGGCGCUCCUGGAGACCAAUAGGCAAAUCUACAACGAGUGCCGGUCCUACCCCUUCCACACCAACGAGUUCGUCUUUGUUAACUGGUUCUCCUCGGGUCUUUGGGCGGCGCGGGCCUUCACGCGCGGUCUCCGGCCGUGGCAGCGUGAUGAGAUGCGGUGGGCGCGGCUCGAGAUGCUCGGGCGGGAUUUCACGGGCCCAGCGCUUAAGGAGUGGACUGAGUUGUGUGAGCACUGGGCUUCCGGGCUACGAGGGCUGAGGCUCAAGAUCCUAAUAGGAGGUGGGAUAUUCGAACCCACUGCCCCCUUUUCCGCGCUGAAAAAUAAUGCAGAGGCCCAGGCCAUGGGGCUGGGCUCCAAGACGACACAGCCCGAUCCCAGGCCGGAAUGGAUCGAGGAAGGGCUGCGGAAGCUGAGGGCGUUGAGGAGGCUGGAGGUCGAGCUUUCGGUGCUAGAUUGGGGUGAUGGGGAGAAACUCGAGUGGUGUGCUGAGCUUGGAAAGAUGCUGAACUUCGGUAAGGAGGCGAAGGACAGCCUCGUCGUGGUGAGGUGUGUUGAGAAGCUUGAGGAGGACAGUGGGUCGAAAAGGCAAGUCUUUGAUGGCAUUGCGCAGUGUUGAGCCCCCUGCUGAGUAUUACUCAAGCAUAGACUGGGAUAUAUGGCUUUCAGGGUAAUGGCUAUUGGCUAUUGACACUCGAUGUCCAAGCCACGAAUGGUGAAAGAGGAGAUAAGUGUUUGGUUGUUGGGAUGUAAAGACGAGGAUGAAGUGGAUUGGAGAUAUGGUCAUGGGAUGAGGUACUUGGCGUUCUGGAGAUGCAACUAGGUGCACAGUAUCAGGCAUAUUGUAGUUUGGGUAUUGGUUGUGAGGAAUUAUAUCUCCGUUGUUAUGAAUACCUCAGGCUCCUCCUGAAAAGG